GGAGCCCGUGCGCACGGCCGGCCCAGGGGGCGCCUCGUCGAGAGCGGUCGGGGGACUGCGCCCGGCGGGCGCCCGGGAGGAGGAGGCGGCCCGGGGGUCUGGCACUAUGCCCAGUCACUCUGAACGCUAGUCCACAGCCCGGGCCAUCGGAGCAGCCACUGCUCGCUUUGGGGAUCGCCCCCUCCCCACCGCCCACUGCCCCACCAUGGCCGGGGACCGGCUCCCUCGGAAGGUGAUGGAUGCCAAGAAGCUGGCCAGCCUGCUGCGGGGUGGGCCCGGGGGGCCGCUGGUCAUCGACAGCCGCUCCUUCGUGGAGUACAACAGCUGGCACGUGCUCAGCUCUGUCAACAUCUGCUGCUCCAAGCUGGUGAAGCGGCGGCUGCAGCAGGGCAAAGUGACCAUUGCUGAGCUCAUCCAGCCGGCCGUGCGCAGCCAGGUGGAGGCCGCGGAACCACAGGACGUGGUGGUCUAUGACCAGAGCACACGGGACGCCAGUGUGCUGGCUGCAGACAGCUUCCUCUCCAUCCUGCUCAGCAAGCUGGACGGCUGCUUCGACAGCGUGGCCAUCCUCACAGGGGGCUUCGCCACUUUCUCGUCCUGCUUCCCCGGCCUCUGUGAGGGCAAGCCUGCCGCCCUGCUGCCCAUGAGCCUCUCCCAGCCCUGCUUGCCUGUGCCCAGUGUGGGCCUGACCCGCAUCCUGCCUCACCUCUACCUGGGCUCUCAGAAGGAUGUCCUGAACAAGGACCUGAUGACCCAAAACGGGAUAAGCUAUGUCCUCAACGCCAGCAACUCCUGCCCCAAGCCGGACUUCAUCUGCGAGAGCCGCUUCCUGCGCAUCCCCGUCAGCGACAGCUACUGUGAGAGGCUGCUGCCCUGGCUGGACAAGUCCAUCGAGUUCAUCGAUAAAGCCAAGCUGUCCAGCUGCCAAGUCAUUGUCCACUGUCUGGCCGGCAUCUCCCGCUCUGCCACCAUCGCCAUCGCUUACAUCAUGAAGACCAUGGGCAUGUCCUCGGACGACGCCUACAGGUUCGUGAAGGACCGGCGCCCGUCCAUUUCGCCAAACUUCAACUUCCUGGGCCAGCUGCUGGAGUACGAGCGCAGCCUGAAGCUGCUGGCGGCCCUGCAGGGCGACGGGGCGCCACACCCCGGGAUUCCCGCGCCCCUGCCCGGCCCCGCGGCCCUUCUGCCGCCGCCGCCACCACCUACCUCAGAGAGCGCUGCCACCGGGAGCGCAGCGGCCAGCGCAGCCAAGGAGGGCGCGCCCAGCGCCGGGGAGCCCCCCGCGCCCCCCGCGGCCCCCGCCACCAGCGCGCUACAGCAGGGCCUGCGCGGCCUGCACCUCUCCUCCGACCGCCUCCAGGACACCAACCGCCUCAAGCGCUCCUUCUCGCUGGACAUCAAGUCGGCCUACGCCCCGAGCCGGCGGCCCGACGACCCCGGGCCCCCCGACCCCGGUGAGGCCCCCAAGCUCUGUAAGCUGGACAGCCCGUCGGGGGGCACGCUGGGCCUGCCCUCGCCGGGCCCCGACAGCCCGGACAUGGCGCCCGAGGCGCGCCCGCGGCUCCGCCGGAGGCCCCGGCCUCCAGCCGGCUCCCCAGCGCGCUCCCCUGCGCACGGCCUCGGCCUGAACUUCGGCGACGCCGCCCGGCAGACUCCGCGGCACGGCCUGUCGGCCCUGUCGGCGCCCGGGCUGCCCGGCCCCGGCCAGCCGGCCAGCCCCGGGGGCUGGGCGCCGCCGCUCGACUCCCCGGGCACGCCGUCGCCCGACGGGCCCUGGUGCUUCAGCCCCGAGGGCGCGCAGGGCGCGGGCGGCGCGCGGUUUGCGCCCUUCGGCCGGGCGGGCGCGCAGGCCGUGGGUGGCGGCGACCUGCGGCGGCGGGAGGCGGCGAGGGCCGAGUCCCGGGACGCGCGGACCGGCUGGCCCGACGAGCCGGCCCCGGAGACGCAGUUCAAGCGCCGAAGCUGCCAGAUGGAGUUCGAGGAGGGCAUGGUGGAGGGGCGCGCGCGCGGCGAGGAGCUGGCCGCCCUGGGCAAGCAGGCCAGCUUCUCGGGCAGCGUGGAGGUCAUCGAGGUGUCCUGACGGCGGCCGGGACGCAGCGCUCCGCGUCGCUCGGUCCCCGCUCGGCUACCAGCAGCUGGGCCCACUAUAAAUAUAUAUUAUAUAUAAUGCAGAGAAAGGUAAAUGGUUUUACUGCGAUUUUUAUCGAGAAGUAAAUAUUUCGAUUUUUUAUUUAUUUAAGCUGUUCAUUCUGGCAAUGAUUUGGCAACAGUGCGGGCGGCCCUCGGAGCUCUAUUUUUACUGUCUGGUAUUUAAACUGAAACACACGUUUCUAAGCAAUAUGAGGCCACCUUCAGCCCCAAGCUGAGGUGCCAGGCCUGGGGUCCCCUCCCCGCCCCCCUCCCCCAGGAAACACUGCUGACCCUUGCAAAGAGGUUGCCGAGCUUUCGAGCACUUUUUACAUAAGAAAAAGGGGAAAAAAGGAAAAAAAAAAACUUUGCCACAAACUGAGCCGCCGAACCUCCCUCCCCCCACCCUCAGCUCCUCUCCUCACUCUCCCUUCUGCUCAGCUCCUUUCUGGGCUCUGCACCAAAGCCAUAGGUGGGGGGAGGUGUCCCCAGGAGCUGGGGUGGGGCCUGGGAGGCACUGUCAGCCCCCUGCCAGCUGGAGGUGCCAAGUCUUGGUGCCGAGGAGGGCACCCCCACUGCCCGUCCCCAAAGGCUGUUGCCUGGCAGGUGUUGACGGGCAUUGGGCUGACACAGGCUGUUCAGAGGGGCUGCUGCAGUACAGAACAGCGGAGGGGCUCAGUGAGGGGGAGUUUUGGAGUGUCAGAUGAUAAUGCGUCCCCACCACAGGGAAGGAGGUGGGAUGUCCCCCACUCCUGCCUGAGCCAGGGGCUGGUUUCAUGGGCUCAGUAAGGCUGCUCAGAGGGCCUGCUGCCCUCUCCUCCACAUUGCCGGUGCCCCCUAGUGCCACCUGCCGGGGGGGGGGGGGGCGGGAAACAAUAGGAAGAGAGAGCUUGGUCCCUGGGCGGUGACCUGUGGGAGAAGCAGGGCCUGCCAGUGGGUCGGUGGGCAGAUGCAUUUCUGGUCUUUGUUCUGGGCUCUUCCCCCAACCCAGCCCCAGGCCCCAGGCCCCAGGCCAGAUCUGGAGUUCUGGUUUGUUCCUGCAGGUUGAGGGGCCUCUAUGAAGGGUGGCUGCCUUGCAGAAGGAGGGGGCAGUUAAGCCCUGGUCAGACCCUUAUGCUUCGAGAGAGUGAGGGUCUUUAGCUUUGGGAGGGGGAUCUCUAGGCAGAUAAGACCCCUGACACGAGCAGAUGCAGGAGGUGUCCCCCACAUCUGCCCCACACUGCCACUGGGGCCUCGGAGGAGAGGAACCCCCUGUGCUCCCCUUCCCUGGGAGCUCUCCCCUCUGAAGUCUCCCCAGUGUCUUCAAGGUGACAUGCCAGGCCCCACCCCCAGGUGGCUUUUUAGCCCAGGUGGGCCAGCCUGGGAGUGAGGGCAGCAGAAAAGCCCCACCUGCCCCCACCUCACACCCUAUUGGGUCAUUGGGACCCAAGGCUCGUGGGGGCAGGAGUAGAUGUCCCCGACCUUCCAGAUGUCCUAGAGUCUGGGAGUGGGGGCCGGUCACCUGGGGAAGAGGCCAGGGGCUUGGCAGGAGGGGUGCCCGGACAGGAUUGAGUCCUGAGGCAGGGGUGGGGGAGGUGCCUGGCCCCCCAGCUGCCCCUCCCCACCCCCGGCUGGCCCUCUGGCUGUUUUUCUAUUUGUUCUUCUUUUGACCCCCAGCGCUCUGUCCCUGUCAUCCCUCCUUUAAGCAAAAGUCCUGUUCCUGUGCCCUCUGUCCCCACCCCGUUCCCCGAGAAAAUAAGCUAUCAUUGUUGUAUUUGCAAUCUAUGGAUUAGAGGUUUAAGUAUUUAUUAUUAUUGGUUAAUUAUUAUUAUUAUUAUUGAUUAUGUAAAUUUGCCUCCUGUCUGUCUAUCGCGUUGGGUUUCUGAGGUGACCCUGGGUGUGGAGGAUGCACUGGUCCCCGCCUCCGCACCCCAACCCCGUGCUGUCCAGGAGACAGUGGUCUGGGGCCACUGGUUGGGCCCCAAAACUCUGGAGGCAGGUCCUAUGGCCCCCUGUCCUUCCCUCCCUUCCCCCUUUCUCCAGGGCUGCAGCGUCUCUUGUGGCUUCUGUCCUGGGGCGUGUGGGGGCUCUUGCUCUUGAGGCACUGGUCACCCCAAAGUGAGCAGCUGUGACGGGAAGAGGGUCCUGUCUCGGCUGCGCCCCCUCCUGUGCUGGGGACCAGGCAUGGGGCACAAGCCCCUCCCUGGUCACUUCCACCCACUGUCCGAGGCGGGGAGGGGCUGGGCCCCAGCCCUCUCCAGUCUCUCCCGUUCCUCCCACCCCUCCCGCCCGGCCCAGUGCCCUGGCAUGGGGGUCACCCCAGAAUGGACCCAGCCUCCUCCUAUUAUUUGCUGGAAAGUCCAGCGGAGGAGAGAUGGCAGGUCCCCUAUGGGACUCCCAGUCUCUCUGGACUGGGCCGCCCACCACCCGGCCUCAGAACCUCCCCCAGCGCCGCCACACCUUCUGCUCCCUGUCCUGACCCCUCUUUUGUAUUUGGAAACAAUGUGUUGUAAUAAAUCCUAAGAUGGAUGUUUUC